AUGCCUCAGCCGCAGCACAGCAGGAGUCCCAAUCCGUCGGAUGAUUCGUCCGUCGACUUACACGACUCGCCGUCGUCGGAUCCAGCCUCGUCCACUGCCGUGGUCCGCAAGCCCGGCAAGCCGCUUAGUCGGCGGGGCCACUUCAAGUCGCGGCUGGGAUGCUUCAAUUGCAAGAGGAGGCGAGUCAAGUGCAACGAGGUCCGCCCGUUCUGCUCGCCGUGCUGCCGCCUCGGCCUGAACUGCAGCUAUCCGACGCCGGCUCCCUCGUCAACAACAACAACAUCAUCGUCCUUGUCAUCAUCAUCAUCAUCAUCAUUCUUCUCAUCUUCAUCCUCGUCGUCUUCCGCCUCCUCCUCGCUUCCUCCGCGUGCUACCCUGUCCAGUAUCGCGCUGGAAGACUUGCGCUUCUAUCACCAAUUCCUCCUCGCGGCCUUCCCCACGCUGCCGUUAAAGGCCAAGGACGUGUGGAUGGACGCGGCCGCAAUGUCACACCAGUACGACUAUCUCGCACACGCUGUCCUGGGUCUCGGAGCCUCCCAUCUGUCUCAGCAUGGCAACGUCGACUACACGUCGCAGGCGCUGCAGCAUCGCGUGACGGCCAUGAAGCUCGUCAACCAGCAGCUCGAUCACCCUCCGACAAGGCCCGCGGAUGCAGAUGCGCUCAUGGCGGCGGUGAUAUGCCUCGUCGCCCAGUCCUCUCUUAUGCCGGAUAGCAUGAUUGACUACAUCACGACGACGCGGGGCGGCAACUUGGUCGCGUCGACCAUCAUCACCAACUACGAAAUGUCCAUCUUCAAGUACUUCACGCCACGGGAGCAUGACCGGUCCCUGGAGAGGCUCAUCAGCGAACAGCCGCGGAACUAUGAGGUCAUCCAAGGGUUCGCGACCUCUGCUCUUCGACUGAGGCCAUUGUGCCAGACGCCCAAUGAGGUGGCAUACUGCGAUUGCCUGGUCAAAUGCGUUGACAAUCUGCGCACCUCGUGUCUAGCCGCCUGGAGAGAGUUUGUCACCUUGUUCGUUAUGCCGACCACCUUUAGUAACCAGGACUUCAUGGCCUUUGUCGACAGCGAGAACUACACGGGCCAUCUUCUAAUCAUCCACAUGUUUCUGCUCGACUACGUGCUUGGCAAUGCCUGUCUGUCCAAGGCCGAAGAGCCAGAAUACCCUGGCAGGAAAUUUGUCAUUAUUAAUUGGACAAAGGACCUGGCCCAGCGGCUUCCCCCGUCAUAUCGAAAAUAUACAGAGUGGCCACUGGAGUAUUGCCAGAUCCUUGCCGAGCGCGACGCGCGGUAUCUGCUCAGUCCUUGA